AUGCGCCGUGCUUUGAAGAGAAGUGGGUUGGAAGAUGGGGCUACUACGCUGAUGAUGCGGCGUUUGCCGGAAGAUUGGGAUGCACAGAGGAUCUUGGAAUGGCUGCGAGACAACAAGAUCCAGCUCAGCCAGAUAGACUUUCUUUAUGUUCCUUUCGAUAAGCGCACAGACUGCAACAUCGAGCUUGCUUUCAUCAAUUUCCUUGACCACUCUUCCGCCAAAAAAGCCUACAGUCUCGUGGUGAGGCAGAACAGGGACCAUGUCUUCGAUGCCGUAGUCAAUACUGGAAACAUCCAGGGACUCGCAUGGAAUCUGGCUUACUUCUUGGCACGUUUUGGCUUUCGAGCCAUCUGGGACAAGGAUGCACCGCUCGUAUUCAGGAACGGCAUCCAGCUCCAGGGGGAGGAGAUCUCAAAGGUCUAUGCAUCUCUUCCCGAUGACAUCGUCGAGGAAGCCGCCAGGUUCGUCCGCGCUGAGCUUGGCACGUCGCCCCAUGGCAGCCGGCGCCGUGCGCAACAGUUGACCUGGAAGCUCGGAGAGGACUCCGAGGUCUCCCUCUCUCCAACCUUUGCCAUGGGGACGAAUGUCGUCCAGAUGGGUCUAGAUGGCAGUGAGGAAGAGCUGUUGGCGCUUCUGCAAGAUGCGCGAGCAGAGCAGGCUUUCCGCGAAGAGACAUUCCCCGAGGAGGCAGCCGAGCAUGCAGCUAGCAUCGUUUGCGAGCCGUCUCCGCAGAAUGCGCCGGAGCUGGUAGAGGUUGUGUCCUAA